AUGGGUCUUGUCGACUAUUCCGAAUCCGAAUCGGAGGCCGAAGUCGACGCGCCGAAGCCCGCCGUCAAGGCUGCAGCUCCAAAGAAACCUGCGUUCCAAAAAGUUGUCGAUCGAUCAAACCCGGGCAAAAUCAUCGUCAAUCUUCCCCAGGCCGCCUCUUCCAACGGCGCAAGCGCACCAGAUAGCGAUGGGCCGCCAGCGAAACGUGCGCGCACGGGCGGCGGUGGCGGUCUCUUUUCUGGCUUCAACUCGUUUCUCCCGCCACCAAAGAACGCGGCAAAGGCGACGCUGAGCAAACCCUCAGGCAGCCAAGCUCGCCCCAGCAUCAAUCUCAAAACCAGCGCCGAAAAGGGCUUCAGCCGUGAUGAAGAACCUUUGAGCAGUUCCAGCAACGCAGAUGCCGCACCUGGAGGAUUGAGCUUGCCGCCCCCUAAACGACCUGCCGAACCGUCGAUACCGGAUACAAUGAAGCCUGCCGAAGAAGUCAAGCUCGUAGGGAAGCCAUUGAUGUUUAAGCCCCUCUCUGUUGCUCGAAAUACAAAAAAGAAGCCCAUAAAAAGCACGGCGGCUCAGGCUCCUGCAGCAUCAGCCACAGCACCAGAGCCGGUUGCAGCUCCCGCGCCGCCUCUGAAAAAGACAUCACUAUUCUCACUGCAUGUGGAGGAACCGUCAGCUGCAACAUCAUCAUCAGCGGAAAAGGGGGCUUACGAACCGCUCUUCGAAACUGGAGAAUCCGCGAAUCCAUAUUCUGUCAACGGACCAGACGCUUAUUCCCAGCAAAUGUACAGUGGCCAGAUGGCUGCAACCGUAGCGCCAUCGUCAUCAGAUACGAGAACAGAGUCUCUGGAUAGCAUUGCCAAUGACUUGAAUCUUUCUGCCGCAGCGAGACGAGAAUUGUUUGGAAGGGGAGGUCAAAACCAGACAGCGCAGAAACUCAUCAACUUCAAUAUGGAUCAGGAAUAUCAACACAAUGAAGAGCUCAGAGCUGCUGGCGAACAGCAAACGCACAAUCCCGUCCGCGCCAUAGCUAGUGGUAAGCACAGUCUCCAACAGUUGGUACGGAAUGUGUCCAACCAACGGGAGGCCUUGGAAGAGAGCUUUGCGAAAGGCAGAAGCAACCGGAAAGAAGCUUCAAGCCGCUACGGCUGGUGA